AUAACAUAUACAUUUUACUCAACUGCGUUACCCACUCCAAUCAGCAGAUGGCUGUGUGGGAAUUUAUGGUUAUGCGGCUAGUGUGACGUCUAAUCUAGUGGACGGAAAUCUUCUUUCAACAGCAGCAACAAUAGUUAGUCAGACACCUCAGUAGCUUGCAAGACAAAAUAGCCGAACCAAUAUAUCGCUUUAGUGUAUAUUAGCCACUGUGUUUUAAACCCACUUCUGUCGUCUUGGUUAGUUUUCCGAUUUAAUUUCAUAUUUACGGUGUUGUUAUUAUUCAUCUAGCGGUCUGGUUAAGUUAGCAUUAGCCUAGCUAACAUCCCCAACCAUGCGGUCACUAAGCUACUCUCCUUCUAAUGAAGAGGAGGAUAUCACAGUAAAACAAGAAGUAGAGGGUGAGGCCGUUACUGUGAAAGAAGAGGAAGACAUGUUCAGAGUGAAAGAGGAGGAGGAUGUUACAGUAAAAGGAGAGGAUGAAGCAGUUUAUGGAGUGAAAGAGGAGGAGGAGAUGACUGUUACAUCCAAAAAGGAGGAGGAAGAAGAGGAGGAAACUGGAUAUCUGGUCCCGGUUUCCCAAACGCAUCUCAAGGCAUCCAAUGGUUCUACCGAUGAAUUAAGCCAUAAGAUGGUUUUGAGAAACCGUUCCCUGAUUAACACUAGAGAGAGAACUGUCUACCAUGGGCCCUCUUGGGAGCCUCAACAACCUCAUGAUGCUGACAAGGCAGAGAAGAGUCUCUCUAGAUCAGAACUCCCCAAGAAACACCAGCAGACACCCACGGGAAAAAAAUCUCAUUGCUGCUCUGACUGUGGGAAAAGAUUCACCUCAUCAGCAGGCAUUAAAAUUCAUCAGAGAAUCCACACUUUAGAGAAACCAUAUUGCUGUGAUCAAUGUGGGAAGAGGUUUACUCAGCUAUGCAACCUAAUAUCACACCAGAGAAUACACACAGGAGAGAAACCUUAUAGCUGUGAUCAAUGUGGGAAGAGUUUUACUCAGCUAUGCACCCUAAUAUCACACCAGAGAAUACACACAGGAGAGAAACCAUACAGCUGUGAUGAAUGUGGGAAGAGUUUUGCAAGGUCGAGCAAUCUGACUCUUCACCAGAGAACACACACAGGAGAGAAACCUUAUAUCUGUGAUCAAUGUGGGAAGAGUUUUACUCGGCUAAGCAGCCUGAUAUCACACCAGAGAAAACACACAGGAGAGAAACCAUAUAGCUGUGAUGAAUGUGGGAAGAGUUUUGCAAGGUCGAGCAAUCUGACUCUUCACCAGAGAACACACACAGGAGAGAACUCCUAUAGUUGUACUCAAUGUGGGAUGUUUUUUUUUACAUCUAGCCAUCUGAAGAUACACCAGAGAAGACACACAGGAGAGAAACCGUAUAGCUGUACUCAAUGUGGGAAGUGUUUUGUUCAAUCUAGCAACCUGAAGAAACACCAGAGAACACACACAGGAGAGAAACCUUAUAGCUGUACUCAAUGUGGGAAGAGUUUUGUUCAAUCUGGGGAACUGAAGAUACACCAGAGAACACACACAGGAGAGAAACCCUAUUGCUGUACUCAAUGUGGGAAGAGUUUUGUUCAGUCUAGCCAUCUGAAGAGACACCAGAGAACACACACAGGAGAGAAACCUUAUAGCUGUACUCAAUGUGGGAAGAGUUUUGUUCAGUCUAGCCAUCUGAAGAGACACCAGAGAACACACACAGGAGAGAAACCUUAUAGCUGUACUCAAUGUGGGAAGAGUUUUGUUCAAUCUGGGGAACUGAAGAUACACCAGAGAACACACACAGGAGAAAAACCCUAUAGCUGUGAUCAAUGUGGGAAGCAUUUUACUCAGUCAAGUCUCUUGAUAGCACACCAGAGAACACACACAGGAGAGAAACCUCAUAGCUGUACUCAAUGUGGGAAAAGUUUUACUCAAUCAAGCCACCUGAUAUCACACCAGAUAACACAUACAGGAGAUACAUCUUAUAGCUGUGAUAUAUAGAUAUCUGAUUAAACAUCAGAAAAUACAUGCAUGAAGGAGUUUUUUUCAUGAUAUCAAACAUUGUAGAAUGAGUAUUUUAAUGAUGUCACAAUGUAGAAGGUUUUAACAUUGUAGAAGGAGUAUUUGGUUGCUGAUUGUCUCAAGGUUGGGCAGUCAAAAAGUGUUGUGUCUUGCUUUUAGCCAGUGCAUGCCAAUUUAUUUUGCUUGUAAGUCUUUCCCGUAUUGGAAUGAGUUUUGUUUGUGCUCUUUCCAAGGGGACGAGAGUUCUAGAGGCAAGUGGAGUUUUAGGAAGACAUGAGUUCUAGACGCAAGUGAGUUUUAAGGAUUCUAUAGAAAGAAAAAGAAAAUAUACGAUUGUAUAUUAUUAUUUAGAAAUACAUGUUUUUUUAUUGUUUUUAAUUGUUGACAGCCAGUAGACACCAUGUUUAUAUUGUAGGCGGUGAAGUAUUGUAGUAGAAUAUGUGUAAUGGUUCUUUUCUGUUGGUGGUGCGCAAACUUUUCCAACAACAAGAUAAGAUAUAUUUGUUGUUUUUAGGGGGAAAGUGUUACAGGCUUUCGUUUUUCCAUUUAUGUUUUGAGGUUGGACUUUAGCACGUAGGAAAGGGGGAUACCUAGUCUGUACAACUGAAUGCGUUCAACGGAAAUGUGUCUUCAGUGCACUGAUUGGUGUCACUUCGUUAGCGCGUAGGAUGCACUGAUUGGUGUCACCUCGUUAGCACGUCCAGCUUGUUAGCACGUAUAGCUAGUUAGCACGUAGCACGCACUGAUUGGUGUCACCUCGUUAGCACGUCCAGCUUGUUAGCACGCAGAACGCACUGAUUGGUGUCA